AUGUCUGCAGAACCCUCCUACGCCGGCUUCCCGGCCAAUGUGCCCGGCGUCAACACCUUCGAUUGGCUCUUCAGCAACCCCUUUGAGUCCGAGAGCGAGUACACCACCCUCAAGCAAAGGGUACCGCGCAUAGCUGAAGACGCGCCUAUCUUUGUCGACCACGCAUCAGAUCGCGCCCUCACAUACUCCCGCCUCAGGAAUGACGCCCUCGCGCUGGCCGGCAGCCUGCAGGCACUCGGCCUCGAUCCGGAAGCCAUCCAGUCCCUACCGCCGACACCUUCCUGCGCACGCCCAGAGGUGUCCCCCGUAGUGCUCGUCCAGUUGCCCAAUUGCCUGCCCUUCGCUACAGCGCUGCUCGGCACCCUCGCCGCCGGCUUGACCGCGACGCUCGUGUCCCCGGGCCUCACGGCGACGGAGCUCGCGUGGGUGGUGAAGAAUUCGCGGCCGCACGUCAUCAUCACCCUCAAGUCGAGCCUCGAGACCGUGACGCAGGCUCUCGAGAACCAGGACGACCCGGCGUAUGUGAAGGAGACGCACAUCUACACGGUUGAUCUCGCCCAGGACCUGUACCCGUUGGGCCAGGCCGAAUCCGGCGCCGGGGAUUGGCGGAGCCUGGUCGCUCCGGACCGGGCCUUGAAGACCGGACACAAGUUUGCUCCGGAGGCGGCCUCCACACGAACGGCCGUGAUUCUAUGGUCGUCCGGCACAUCGGGACGGUCCAAGGGCGUCCUCCUGUCACACAACGCCCUCAACUUCUCCUUGGCUUCUCUUUGGCACGAGGCCGACUUCUACGGGGGUCGGCGCCAGCGAUGGCUGGGCUAUGUGCCCUUCUACCACGUCUUUGGCCUGUCCAACUCGUUCCUCAUCGCCAUUUGCGCCGGCGCCACGGUCUACUCCAUGCCCGCCUUCAAGCUCGACGCCGUGCUGGCGGCCAUCCCGCGCCGCCAGAUCACAUACCUACACAUGGCGCCGCCCGUGGCCGUGAUGCUGGCCAAGUCGGCGGCCGUUGAGCCGUACCUGCGGCGGGACGCCAACGGCCGCAACGCCUUCAGCAGCGUCGUGGCCGGCGUCACAGGAGGGGCGCCGCUGGGCCACGAGAUUGUGGUGCAGGUGCACGCGCGACUGGGAUUCCUGGUGCGGAUGGGCUACGGUAUGUCUGAGGCGUGCAGCGUGACGGUGCAGAGCGGCUUGGACGAGCAGGCGAUGCUUGCAUACAAGAACGACACCGGACGGCCGCACUGGGGCGUCGAGCUCAUGAUUGCUGCCGACGCAGAUGCAACCCCCCCGGCCGACGGCAAGGAUGCGACCACAGUGGCCACAAAAGCAGCGCCGUUUGGCGCAGCUGGCGAGAUCCUCAUCCGAUCCGCGGCCCUCAUGAGCGCGUACAUCCCCAGCCAAGGCCUCUAUGCCGCCGGAUCCGCACCCGACAUGAGCGUGACGAUGGACGCACUUACACACGACGGCUGGCUGCGCACCGGCGACGUCGGCACGCUCGACGCCGACGGCACGCUCUGCAUCACCGACCGCAUCAAGGAGCUCAUCAAGGUCCGCGCAUACCAGGUCGCCCCCGCAGAGCUAGAGGCGCUCCUCUGCAGCAGCGAUGACGUUGCCGACGCCGGCGUGGUGGGCGUCCACGACAAGAGCGAGGCGACCGAGUGGCCGCGGGCCUACGUCGUCGCGCGCGACCCGAGCAAGACGGACGCCGAGCUGAAUGCCCUCGCGCAGCAGCUCAAGGCGCACGUCGAGAGCCACACGGCGCGGUACAAGUGGCUCGUGGGCGGCAUCGUCUUCGUCAAGCAGAUCCCCAAGUCGCCCAGCGGCAAGAUCCUGCGGCGGGUGAUGCGCGACGGCGGCGUCCAGGGCCUCGAGGUGGCGCUGUACCAGCGCAAGAAGAGAGACCACAAGCUGUGA